ACAUAGAGAUCCCGUUAAUCAUUACUGCGUCGUUUGUAAGUAUAAAUUAUCGCAUUUCCUCAUUUUAGUGUGAUAAGUAUUAUUACAGCAUUGAUUUACUAAGAUAGCGUAAACAUGCAGUUACACAUCAGAGGAGCAGAACAUUCAACUUUGGUUGAGUCGCACGAAAAUGAGACUAUAGCAGACAUAAAGAGAAAAAUUGUCGAGGCAAAAAGUGCUGCAAAUACAGAAUUCAACUUGUACUGUUGUGGCCAGUUACUGGAAAAUGAUGCUUUAGUUGGAGAUCUUACAUCAAAUAUUCUAGAAUUAACAGUUUCUCUUCCUGGUGGUAAGGUCCAUGGAUCUUUAGCACGUGCUGGAAAAGUAAAAGCUCAAACUCCAAAGGUGGAGAAACAAGAAAAGAGUAAAAAGAAAACAGGUCGAGCUAAAAGGCGAAUUCAAUACAAUCGAAGAUUCGUUAAUGUGGUCCAAACUUACAGUCGUCGACGUGGACCGAACGCUAAUUCAAAUUCAUAAUUGUAUGCAUAUAUAUUUAUAUAUAUGUAUAUAUACAUAUAUACAUCCUGUAAUUAUGAAAACGAAAUAAAAAAUUAAAUGUAA